UUUUCAAAAGGCGGCCUUUUUUGUCCUAGGGUUUGGCCCAUCCGAUCGCCAUCCUCUGUAAUGCAUUCCACGGUAUAGUACCAAUUUUCUCGAGAAAAUGAGCGAGCCGAUGGAGAUCUCUCUGCAAAAUGCCACCGUCGGCGACUCCUCAGAUCAGAACGGAGUUUCAGAGUCCAUUCCUUCUCCCAUUCUCACCCAAGAAAAAGUUCUUGUUUCGGUUGAAGUUUGCUUGAAAGCCUCUAGCACAGCCAGGAGUGAUGAUGUCCGGUCAGCUGUUGAGAGAAUGCUUGAAAAUAGGAGUUUGAGCUAUACUGAUGGUUCAGUUCCAGUGUCUCUUGAUGAUCCAUUCCUUGUGGAAAAUGUACAAAGAAUCUGUAUUUGCGAAACAGAUGAAUGGGUGGAGAAACAUGAUGUCCUUCUGUUCUGGCAAGUCAAACCUGUUGUCCAUGUCUUUCAGCUUAGUGAGGAGGGACCAUGCGAAGAAUCAAGUGGGGAUGGUCAGCUUUCUAUCUUCAAUGAAUGGAUUCUUCCUGCCAAGGAAUUUGAUGGCCUGUGGGAAAGCUUAAUCUAUGAGCCGGGUCUCAAGCAAAGGUUGUUGCGGUAUGCGGCAAGCGCUUUGCUCUUUACUGAGAAAGGUGUCAAUCCUUUCCUUGUAUCAUGGAACCGCAUCAUUCUUUUACAUGGUCCUCCAGGCACGGGGAAGACAUCUUUAUGUAAAGCAUUGGCUCAAAAAUUAUCAAUACGUUUUAACACCAGAUACCCACAGUGCCAACUGGUGGAAGUUAAUGCGCAUUCUUUGUUUAGUAAAUGGUUUUCUGAAAGUGGAAAGUUGGUUGCAAAAUUAUUCCAAAAAAUUCAAGAAAUGGUUGAGGAAGAAACCAAUCUGGUAUUUGUUUUGAUUGAUGAAGUUGAAAGCCUAGCUGCUGCUAGAAAGGCUGCUUUAUCUGGCUCCGAGCCUUCAGAUUCUAUUCGGGUUGUGAAUGCUCUACUGACUCAAUUGGACAAACUAAAAUCUUCACCAAAUGUGAUAAUUCUGACAACUUCCAAUAUUACUGCAGCUAUAGAUAUCGCUUUUGUUGAUCGAGCUGACAUCAAAGCAUAUGUGGGACCUCCAACAAUUCAUGCAAGAUAUGAAAUACUGAGAUCCUGCCUGCAGGAACUUGUACGAGCAGGAAUAUUGACUAAUUCUCAGGAAUGUGAUCGCCUUUCGCUUCUGAGUUACACUGGUCUGAAAGAGAAGUUGAAUGUGGCACAGAUAGAGGAGCCUGGAAAUUCACAUCUAUGUAAACAAUUGCUGGAAGCUGCAGAGGCAUGUGAGGGUUUGAGUGGAAGAUCAUUAAGAAAGCUUCCCUUCUUAGCCCAUGCUGCUCUUGCCAAUCCAUACAGUUGUGACCCUAGCAAGUUCUUGUGUACAAUGACAGACACAGCUAAAAGGGAGUGUGCCGGGUUACUGUCAGAAUCAUGAUCAAUCCUCAAUGUACAUAAUUUUUAUGCACUGAAAAUCUUCUGCAACUUUUCUAGUGAUAACAUUAAUGACCCUAGCAAGCUUUCUUAUCUUUUCUCCUUAUAAUAUUAUUGAUUCCAGAGCAA